AUGCUCUCUCUGCUUCCUUUCCUCUACCUGUUCUCAAUAUGGACAAAAGGAGCAGGGGCGUCAGACCCCGACCUGCCCUUCAUGGUGUACCUGGACCAGAACCACUUGGUCAGCCUAAAGUGGGGCUAUGAUAACCCUCAAGGAAAAAUUACAUUUAAGUUUACGGUCAACGCGACUGGCUGGGUGAGCUUUGGCUUCAGUACGAAUGGAGGCAUGAAGGGGUCGGACAUUGUCAUGGGGGGAGUGGGACCCAGUGGAAUCUACUUCACGGAUCGUUAUGCCAUAGGGAACUCCAUGCCCCUGGUGGACGAGCAGCAGAGCUACGAACUCCUCUCUCUGAGAGAAAGUGAAGGUCAAACCGUCAUGACCUUUCGGAGGACGAUUCAAUCAUGUGAUGACAAAGACUUCCAUAUCACUGCUCAACCCAUUAAACUGAUUUACGCCUACGGAAUAACAGAUGACAUCGGUUACCAUGGUGCUCGCAGAGGCACCAAGGAAAUCAACCUGCUGAACUACAUACCCAGAACGACUCCAACCAGCCACAACUAUUUCAGUGCCACAGUAAACAAUGUCAUGAUACCUCAAAAACACACCUACUAUCACUGCAAGGUCAUGAAGUUUCCAAGCUUAAGUACAAAACAUCACAUAUAUCAGUUUGAGCCAGUGAUUGAGAAAUCUGACAACGUGCAUCACAUGAUGCUGUACCGCUGCCACUCCUUUGUGACGGAGCCGGUGGAAGGGCCCUGCCACUUAAUCAUCAGAUCGGUGGCCUGUUUCAUGGUGGUGGCUGCAUGGGGAGUGGGAGGAGGGGUAUUUGAGUUUCCAGAAGAUGUGGGUAUUCCUGUUGGAGGAACAGAGAAUGAAUUAUUAUAUAUGCUGGAAAUUCACUACAAUAAUCCAAACAAUGAAGCAGGUAUAACAGACAGCUCAGGACUGAGACUGCACUACACAGCAACUCUCCGGCAGCAUGAUGUGGGCAUCCUGACCACAGGCAUAUUUCCACAGUCGAACUACAAGAUCCCACCAAAUGCCUCUCAGUUCCACACCUUUGGCGUGUGCAAUACCUCUCUCUUUUCUCAGAUGAUGCAUCCUGUGCCUGAUUUGUACGUGUUUGCCGUGUUGAUGCACACUCACCUUGCUGGGAGAAAAGUCAGAGUUGGCCAGUACAGAAAUGAAGAGCAGAUAGACUUCUUGGCCUUGGACGAAAACUACAACUUUGAUCUACAGCAGAGCAUCAGUUUGGGAAACAUCAAGACCAUCAAGCCAGGUGAUGAGAUUGCAGUGGAGUGCACCUACAGUACUCUCAAUCGUAACAACAUCACAGAGAUGGGGUUUGCAACUUCUGAUGAGAUGUGCCUGGUCUUCCUAUACUACUACCCUGAGAUCCAGAUCUCAGAAUGUAUCAGCCAGCCAAAUACAAGGUAUCCUCUCCUAAUUUCUGACAGCAUGUACGCCAUAACUUCAGACCAGGGUGACAUUUCUGCACAGGAGAAUAUCCAGAAUUCUCUUCCACAAAUACAGUGGAUCCGUGAUGAAGAUAACAACAUAAGAUUCUAUGGAAAUGGCAUGGUCAGGAAGAUGAUGAAGACACAGAAUGUCACUUGUCUGGACAAGAACAACAACAACAACAACAGCAGGGCAAGCAGACUGAGCACUUCAUGGAUCUUGAACCCAGCGGGAAUCAUACUUCCUUUUGUUUGGAUUGCAAUAAUGUAACAUAUAUGACCUGUAUGAGCGACAGAUCCAAACCAUUGCACUCUUGGUGGAAUAGUUUGGAGUUCAUAAAAUCUCAACUACAUCAAGCUGGGUGUAUUCAACUUUACAGGGUGUACACUAUUUUCUAUGUUUUAAUUUUUGCCUGUUUAUAUCAUAUUUUUUUCCCUUUUGUAUUGAUUAUUAAUCCCACAUCUUAAAAACUUGGUUAUAUAAAAGCACAAAAUGCUCGAUUAUAUCUACGUGGUAACAAAUCAGUGAACUGCAUUAUCAAUACAGCUGUAAGGUAAUUUCAUUAAUCAUACUUUUUCAUGUAGGAAUGAUACUAGAAAGAAAAUAGUUCUUACAUGAAACUGCACACAACAAGGUCUGUGGAUUAUCUUUAGUAACAGGGUCAUGAUUUUUGGAAAGACACAUUGCCGUUGAGUUUUUUCACAUGUAUCUAUUGGUGUUUUGAGCACAAGCCGAUCUACUUUCAUUAUAUUCAAGAGACGGCAUACAUAUCUACGGUUGAUAUAUAUAUAUUGGGGGGAACUGUCUCUUUAAUACCUAUAGCACUGUACCUUGAAUCUAAAGUAGCUAAAUGGAAUAUUACUGUGAUAGAGGGUUUUAUCUAUAUUGCUCAACUCAACUUUUAUCUCUCAUUCAGUCUAUGCAUAUGCCAUGAUGAAGUAUUAGACUAUAUGGUACUAAUACUACAUGCACUACAGUCAUGGAAAAAAACAAGAGACCAUUUUUUUCCUUCAGUUUGUUGUCCAUUCAUCAUAAUGGCUGGUACAACUAAAGGUACAUUUGUGUGGACAAAUAUAAUGAUAACAACAAAAAUAGCUCCUUAAGAGUAUAAUUUAAGACCUGAUAUCUAGCCAUUUUCUAUGG